CAAUAGUUGUCAAUGCAGAUUUGCAAUGAUAAUUUUUAUUUUUGGGUCCUCAGUGCUCUAGAAAGAUAUUUCUAAAAAUAUAGUAUGGUAUUAAUACAUCCUACAGGAUACAGUGUUAUAGAGAUUUUUGUAACGUAAAUCUGAUAGAAAGAAUAUAGAAAAACAAAAUAUAAUGAGUGAAAACAGGGAAUCAUUGAGUUCAUUUGUGGAGAAACAAGAACGUCCUCCAGAAUACGACAAAAUCUUAGGAAGAAAGGUAUUGGUAGCUCCUUCAGAAGAACAGUAUGAUCUUUUACUGAAGAGACUUAAACAGCAGCUAGGAGAAGGGAGAGGAGAAGUUAUUUUGGAGAUUGGUGGAUCAGAUGAUGGAUCUGAAAAUGGACUACUAGAUGAUGAAUUAGAAGCUGCAGUAGCAACACUACAAUCAUUGGCAAAUACUUUAGAGUGCAGUUGUGUAAGACUCCGAGAACGUAAAGAAACUAGGGGAAUUGUGGUUCAAUACCUCAUUAGGAGAGUUCUUGAUCAGUCAGAUUUUUUGGAAAUACGAGUUGCUGUUGUUGGUAACGUAGAUGCUGGUAAAUCAACUUUACUCGGAGUUCUAACACACGGAGAAUUGGAUAAUGGAAGAGGACACGCUAGACAGAGACUAUUUAGGCAUAAACAUGAAAUGGAAUCCGGAAGGACAAGUUCUGUAGGAAAUGAUAUUUUGGGUUUUGACGAAGAAGGAAAUAUUGUGAAUAAACCAGAACAUGGCUCACUUGAUUGGGUAAAAAUUUGCGAGAGAAGUUCGAAAGUGAUAACAUUUAUCGAUCUUGCGGGACAUGAGAGAUAUUUAAAAACUACAGUUUUUGGGAUGACUGGACAUGCACCAGAUUUCGGCAUGUUAAUGGUAGGUGCCAAUGCUGGUAUAAUCGGAAUGACAAAAGAACAUUUGGGUCUUGCUCUAGCUCUCUCAGUACCUGUCUUCGUAGUAGUUACCAAAAUUGACAUGUGUCCUGCCAACGUCCUUCAGGAUAAUCUCAAGAUGCUAGUAAGGAUAUUGAAAUCGCCUGGUUGUCGAAAGGUACCUGUUAUGGUUAAAACUUCCGAUGAUGUGGUUUUAAGUGCCACUAAUUUUGUAUCUGAAAGGUUAUGUCCAAUUUUCCAAGUGUCCAAUGUCACCGGAGAAAAUUUGGAGUUACUGAAAACGUUCCUUAAUUUACUUACAACCAGAAUGGAGUAUCAUGAAAACGAACCUGCCGAAUUCCAAAUCGAUGACACAUAUUCUGUUCCAGGCGUUGGUACUGUGGUUUCUGGUACUACCUUAAAAGGUGUGAUAAAAUUAAAUGAUAUCCUCAUGCUAGGUCCAGAUCCGUUAGGACGUUUUCAACAAAUUGCUGUCAAAAGCAUUCAUAGGAAGAGGAUGGCUGUAAAAGAAGUUCGAGCAGGACAGACUGCUAGUUUCGCACUUAAGAAGAUUAAAAGAUCACAAAUAAGGAAAGGUAUGGUUAUGGUAUCUCCAGUGUUAAAUCCUCAAGCCUGUUGGGAAUUUGAAGGAGAAAUUUUAGUCUUACACCAUCCAACAACUAUAAGUUCGAGAUAUCAAGCGAUGGUCCACUGCGGAAGUAUAAGACAAACUGCUAGUAUAAUCAGCAUGUCCAAGGAUUGUCUUAGGACGGGAGACAAAGCAUUAAUUCACUUCAGAUUUAUUAAACAUCCGGAAUAUGUUACACCAGGACAACGGAUGGUAUUCAGAGAGGGACGAACGAAAGCAGUGGGGAACGUAAUACGAAUUUUAUCCCAUUCUACACCGACGCAUCAAGGAAACAGGGCAAAGCAGUCAAAACAGCAGAGAUAUGGAAGCGGUCAACAGAGAAGCGAGAAGUCACAUGGAAAGAACGAAAACAUAAAAGAAGUAGUAGAUCAGGAUAUGACUGAAAAUGGACUAGAAGAAACGAUAGAGAAACGAGAGGGGACAACACAGAAGAGUGGGGUCAAGAAAGGUCGUAGUCGACGAGGUGGACGAGGGAAGUCCAACAACAAUAAUCCUGUCUCGACCGCAGGAAUUAAAACUCUACCAGAUGUCACAAACCUCACUCCAUUAGCAGUAGCAAAUAGAAACACAACAACAAAAGUGCAAUAGAUUACUUUUUUGGCUUUUUCUACCUUCACUAUACCGAGAUGUGUAUACAUCAUUUUUAUUUUGUUUACUAAAAAAUUCAAUUUUAUAUUUUAAUAAUUGUUACAGAAAAUAAAGUUUUUUUCAAAUUUUCA